AUGCCCUCGUAUGCAAAAUUUAUGAAGGACAUUUUGUCAAAAAAAAGAAGGAUUGAGGAAUUUGAGACUGUAGCUUUCACUGAAGAAUCAUGCAAAUACCUGACUACGAUUCCUCCCAAACUGAAGGACCCUGGAAUAUUCACCGUCCCGUGUACAGUUGGGAAGAACUACCUUGGUCGAGCACUUUGUGAUCUGGGCUCGAGUGUAAAUUUAAUGCUAGCUUCUAUCUUCAAACAGCUUGACAUAGGAGCAGCAAGACCAACCACAGUCACUCUUCAGCUUGCAGACCGAUCCAUAGCCAAGCCAGAAGGAAAAAUCGAGAAUGUCAUUGUCCAAGUAGACAAGUUCAUUCUACCAGCUGACUUCAUCAUCUUGGAUUUUGAAGCAGACCAAGAAGUUCCAAUAAUUCUGGGCAGACCAUUCCUGGCCACUGGUGAUGUUGUCUGUAACAUCCUCCCUUGUAGGCCUGCAAGAGAGUUGCUUGCUAAGCGGAUUAGAGUUCUUUAA